CUUGAACUCUUCUUGAACAUUCUGAAUCUAAUCCAUCGAAUUUCUUCAUAUUACUGAAACCCAGAGGAGGCCCAACAGAGUUAACCAGCCGACAAUCGACUAGGUUUUCGAUCCCUGUUACUGUGUUCGAUCCGGGCUGAACAGACCACAAGACACGAUGGCACAUGGACGUGGGCUAAAAUCUCGGACCUGUUGGAGGCCAAUAUAAGAAGGCGGAAGAACGAUGCUGCAACAACCAUUGCAAAAUAUGCGAUUCCUCUCAGUGGCUUUGGCUCUCAUUAUAGCUGCAGUUGUCAGUGCCGUGCCAGGUCCAGGCGUGGUUACUGGAGACACUGCGGUUCAUGAUCCCACAAUGUGCAAGGACAAGAAUGGGAAAUACUGGGUAUUCUCUACCGGUCAAGGAAUUCCUAUCCGGUCCUCGACAGAUCGAACUGCCUUCAAACUCGAGGGGAAAGUAUGGCCAAACGGUGCUUCCUGGACUGACAAGUAUACUGGUAAAUCCAAUGGCGACUUAUGGGCACCAGACUGCUAUUACUCUGGAGGGACCUUCUUUCUAUUCUAUGCCGCAUCCACCUUCGGCUCUCAGAACUCCGCUAUUUUCUUUGCGACAUCCACAACCGGUGCACCCGGUAGUUUUACGGAUAAAGGUCUCGUAACCUCAACUUCUUCAUCUAACAAUUACAAUGCGAUUGAUCCCAACUUGCUCAUCGUCGGUAACACCUGGUAUCUCUCCCUCGGAAGCUUCUGGACCGGGAUCAAGGGUUUCCAGCUCGACCCGUCUACCGGGAAACCUCAGGGCAGUGUCACCUCUUUAGCUCAGCGUACCGCAAACGGAGGAGCAAUCGAAGCCAGUGUGGUCUACAAAAAUGGCAAUUUCUACUACCUCUUCUCUUCAUGGGAUAAGUGCUGCGCUGGAACUUCAAGCACAUAUAACAUCAGAGUCGGGAGAUCCAGCAGUCCUAACGGUGGCUUCGUCGACCAGAGUGGCGUCGCGUUGACUUCAGGAGGUGGAACCUUGGUUCUUGGUAGUCAUGAUAAGAUUAUCGGACCUGGUGGCCAGGAUGUCUUUGACGACACCGACGGUCCUAUCCUUGUUUACCAUUAUUACACUUCAACGGGAAGCUUCCUCGGUAUCAACAGGUUGGACUUCUCCAGUGGAUGGCCGGUUGUUGUCUGAGAAGCCAAAGCUCAAAGUGGUGUACAUAUGGGAGAUUUGUAUCAGCAGGGCGAAUUCCAAUGCUCAUACCUAUUCCAAGCGUACAAUUUCGAGUGCCUCAUCAACGACCCUUUGACAUGAGACUAUGUCGGUAAUCUGAGUAAGAUUACUUUCCUCGGGUCAUGGACUACACGCCCACGCAAUACAUGAAUGUAUUAGUCCGUCUCGGGGCCUCUGAAAAAUCAAAUUUAUCAAAGGCCGAAACUUAGAUGGGAAUAAUAACGGAUAUUCGGGA